AUGCCACCUUGCGACUGCUCGAACUGCCUUCCUGAGGAGGCAGACGCUAUCUGGCUGCUUCAACCUCACCUCACCUCUGAAGAUUUGGAUGAAGCUCUCAAGAUGGAUAUCAUCGAGCUCAGAAAACUAUUAGCGGGGUGCCCAGCCGUUCCGAAUGGUCAUCAAGAGAAUUCCUCUUGGGUUCCAAAGCGUGUGGAAAAGAAUGAUCUCAUUCGGGACAACCCUGCCGGAUCAAACCUUGUACAUGAACUUCAAAAGUCUUUCUCAGAACUGUUUCAUCAAAACUUUGCUGAAUCGGGUGAUAUCACACCCGAACACCUCUUUUCCGAAGAUCUGGCUUUGGAAUUGACCAAAAAUGUUGGAGACAUGGAAGAACCAACAUUCUUUGAUCAAAUUCUAGGCUCAGAAGUGCUUGAACAGCAGUACCAACGCUUCUCGGACUGCAUCAAACAAUGGAAAUCCGGCUUGGACAAAUCUCACGAGCUUUGGUACCGGAAAGAUAUCACUGCAGCUCGCCAAUCUAAACCGAAGCCUUUUGUUCCUACGUCAAUUGAGGGAGCCAAGCUCGAGAAAGACCGACAAGAAAAAGCUAAAAUUGAAAAAAAACAUCGAGAUGAUGCGAUCAAACAGGAAAAGGCCAUAAUCAAGGCUCAGAAACAACAAAUGAAGGCACAGGAUCAAGCACGGAAAAAGGCAAAUUCGAAGAGUCUCAAUAAACGUGUCCCCCCUGGGGAACAAAGUGGGGAGGUAUCCGAAAAAGAUGGAAAGAGACGUAAAAGCGAGUCAGAGGUAAAUUUGAUCAUUUCGAUUUUAUGUUGCAUGUACACUGAUAAAAUUAAUUUAUAUCAGAUUGAUCUCCUUCAUCCACCACUGGGUCCUCAUCUUCCUCCCCUGCCUGACCCGAAAUUUGCCCACCCCAUCGGAAUCGAGAGCCUUGACCCAAGGCUUUUUCGGUCCGAAUAG